CAUGCAAAGAAGUGUUUUUAUAUAUUUGUGUGUUCUCUGCAUGAACACAGGUAAUGGCUGUGAGAUCUUAGGUAAAUUUGACAUGCCAAGGUUGUUUAAAAAAGGUGACAUAAUGAUCGGGGGAAUAUUUCCAGUUUUUAACAAAGAUGUCAGUAAAGUUCCUACGUUUGAGGGGGUACCUCCUGCCGUGAUAUGUGCCUUGUAUGACCUUCGAGCUUUUCGGUGGACCCAAGUGAUGAUAUUUGCAAUUGAAGAGAUAAACAAAGAUCUGGGUCUCCUUCCCAAUAUUACCCUGGGUUACAUAAUUCUCAAUUCAUGUUCUUCUCCUACAAAUACAUUACGUGCUGCACUAACGCUAGCAAGUAGUAAAAAUGAAAAAGAAACAGCUUCUAGCUGUUCUCCUAUAUCUGCAGUCAUUGCAGAGGCAGGAUCCUCUCAGUCUUUGGCAGUUGCAGGGAUUCUUGGACCUUUUCAAGUUCCAGUAGUAAGUUAUUUUUCAACAUGUGCCUGUCUCAGUAACAGAGGUAAAUAUCCUACCUUCUUUCGAACCAUCCCCAGCGAUUUCUUUCAAGCAAAAGCUUUGGCAGCACUAGUGAAACAUUUUGGCUGGAAGUGGAUUGGAGCCAUUCAAUCUGAUAAUGAUUAUGGGCGGAAUGGGGUUUUGGCUUUUACAGAGGAGGUUAACAAGUUUGGGAUUUGUAUUGCUUUUGUUGGGACAGUUAUGCGAACCUUUCCUCAAGAGAAGAUUCUGAAAGUCAUUGACAUGAUCAAACAAUCAACUGUCAAAGUAAUUCUGGCUUUUACUCCAGAGGGUGAUUUCUCACCUUUAAUGAGAGAGGUUGUGAAGCACAACAUCACUGGAAUACAAUGGCUCGCUAGUGAAGCAUGGAUAACAGCACCCCAGCCUUCAACCCCUGAAAUGUACCAAGCUUUUGGUGGAGCUUUGGGUUUUGUUGUACAGAAGAUGGCUAUGCCAAAUCUACAUCCAUUUCUGACAGAUAUUAACCCUUACAGAAAUCCUAGUGCACCUUUUGUGAAGGAUUUUUGGGAGAUAAUGGUAGGUUGUCAGCCUGUUUCACAUGAAAUGGACAUUGGUACAGGGGAAGGAACUAAAAUAUGUACAGGCAAUGAGAAAUUGAAGGAUUACACCCAGGACGUGUUCUUCAAUGUCACACAGCUUAGAGUUUCUUAUAAUGUGUAUAAAGCUGUUUAUGCUAUUGCACAUGCCCUUCACCAGCUGGUCUUCUGCCAACCAGCUGGAGGAAAAAACAUGAAUCCUUGCUUGAACCUGUCGGAAAUUCAUCCUAAAGAGGUAACCCAUCAAUUACAAAGAGUAAACUUCAGAAACCAGUUUGGAGAUCAUGUGUUUUUUGAUGAGAAUGGCAAUCCUCCUGCCUCCUAUGAUAUCAUUAACUGGCAACUCAAAAACGGACAGGUCCAGCAUGUGACUGUGGGUCAUUUUGCAUCUGAUAAAAAUGGUGACUAUACACUAAGCGUGCAGGAAGAAAAGAUAGUUUGGAGGACAGGAAAAAUGGUUCCAACAUCCCUGUGCUCAAAUGCUUGUCCUGUAGGAACCAGAAAAGCUCAAAUUAAAGGGAAACCGAUAUGUUGUUUUGAUUGCAUUCCAUGUGCCGAUGGAACAAUAGCCAACUUAACAGGUGCAACAGAGUGCAUUAUCUGUCCCCUGGAAUACUGGUCAAAUGAAAGAAAAGAUAGGUGCAUGCCAAAGACGGUUGAGUUUCUGGAAUAUCUUGAGCCAAUGGGAAUAGCUCUUACUGUUAUAGCAUUGCUUGGCGCCUCCCUGUCAAUCCUCACGAUGACCGUUUUUAUUCACUACAGAGAAACUCCUGUAAUAAAGGCCAGCAACUCAGAGAUGAGUCUCUUCCUGCUGUUUUCUCUCUUUCUGUGUUUUCUUUGCCCUCUCACCUUCAUUGGUAGACCUACAGUCUGGACAUGCAUGCUGCGCCACACAGCUUUUGGUGUGACGUUUGCUCUUUGCAUUUCCUGCAUUCUGGGGAAAACCAUUGUUGUUGUAACUGCCUUCAAAGCCACACAUCCUAAUAAUAAAGUCGCAGUUAAGUUUGGUCCAGCUCAGCAAAGGAUUAUUGUUUUCUCCUGCACUUUAGUUCAAAUAGUGAUAUGCAUAUUGUGGUUGAAGUUAAAUCCUCCCUUGCCAGAUCGGGUUUUCAAAUACAGCAACAAAAAGAUUGUUUUAGAAUGUAAUACAGGGUCUGAUGUUGCUUUUUAUGUAGUUUUGGGGUACAUAGGAUUUCUCGCAGUGGUAUGUUUAAUUCUUGCAUUUUUAGCAAGAAAAUUGCCAGAUAAUUUCAAUGAAGCCAAAUUUAUCACAUUCAGCAUGCUUAUAUUUUGUGCUGUUUGGAUUACCUUUAUCCCUGCCUAUGUCAGCUCUCCAGGAAAGUUCACCGUAGCUGUGGAAAUCUUUGCGAUUUUGUCAUCAGCAUUUGGUUUAUUAAUUAGUAUUUUUGCACCUAAAUGUUACAUAAUAUUGAUAAAGCCAGAGAAAAACACAAGGAAACAUGUCAUGGGAAAGACAUAGUCAAUAAUAAUAAUAUAAUAUAAAAUUAUAAAAAGAAAAUUGGAUCUCUUGUUUUAAAUAUUAAAGUACAUUGGGACUGAAAAGCUUAAAAUCAAAAUACUUAAUAAAACAAGAUUGUUAGUUCAGUGCUUAUUACCUGCACAAUUUUCUGUUACUUUUCUUUUCAUCAAUUAUGUUGACUGAACUUAAUUUCACCUGUAAGUGCUUAAGCAACCAUGAGGGAAAUGUUUUAUUUGUUUUGCUCCUUUUCCAUUUGUCUAACUCUGAGAAAUAAGACAGAUAAUUCCCUCCAUC